ACAUUGACCAAUCAGGUUGAUGGGUAAUGAACCACGUCCGCGCGUUAAGUUCUUGCGGCAGUAUUUUGUCAUACAUUCGCGGGAGAACAGCCUUGCAAAGUUUUGUCAGCAGCUAUUUAAUUUUAUGGCAUUUAUUUGAGGUACUUGGCAUGCGGUAGCUGCAUGUUAUUAGUACAACCUUCACAGUUUGUUGGCUGCACACUACUAGACAGUUUCCUAGCUAGCUAGACAGCUAACAACAUAACUGGCAAACUUUUUGCAAGAGGUCUGUCGUUUUGACCCAAAGUAUCUAAUAUGGCAACUAUGUGUCACUCAAGACGUGCCCUGAUGGAAAUCCCAGCUCCACAGCCGAAAAUUGCAGCUCGAAUGAGAAGGUCCUACCUGGAGGUUCUAAGUUCACGCAUAGCUCCAUUCUCAACCACUUCUAGAGGCAGAAACCUGACCAGCAAUUCAAAACGUGGGCAUUCAUUGGACCCAGCCAUAUACAAAACAGGGAGUAGUCGGAGUGAGGCCCAAAGUGAGAGAAUGGAAGACGACCAGACACCCUUGUCCAACCAGCAGCUUGUGCAGCUCAUAAGAUCUUUCAUCCUAGUAGAACAGGGGCAGAGGCAGGAGCCCAGAGCCCUCACUACAGACCUGAAGCCGUUACAGGAGGACUUGCACCUGAAAAAGACCAAUGUCUACAGAUCUAUACCCUACUCACGCCUGGGGUCCAACAGAGACGCGCACUGUUACAGAAAGGCAUAUCCACACCUGGUGGUGUUUAAAGUUUCCUGCCAGGAGUGGGGUCAGCUGCUGCUGCAGAACGAGGAGUGGGAGUCUGCUCUGGAGCACGCCCUAGUGGCGUGGAGGUACACCAGUGAGCUGCCACAGUGGGACACCAGCAGCCACAACUUGGUGAGGGAACAGUGUUACAGCAUGCUGGCAGCACACUGCAUCACAGCUCUACAGCACUACUGCCCAGACCCCAGCAAAGCCAUAGAGCUGCACAGGAGGACAAGGCAGCACUAACCAACAUCUCCAAUCGUCUCAUUGAUCGGACUCCAGGUUUAAAAUGGCACAGCUGCACAGUCAGUUGAUCUCUCCUUGUAUUCAGGAGCUGGAGAGAAGCCUCGGCGAAGCACAGGUUUGUUCCAUGAACACCCGCUGAAAUGGCCAACACUAAGAUCAGCUGACAACAAUCAGCACAGCUUCCAACUCUAGGGGGUUGCACUAUUGAACAGCGUCUAUCAGUGGUUGCCAUUCAACUAUGUUUGGUAUCCUUGCCUUGUGUUGCGCUAUUCCCCCUAGCCUUGCCUACAGUAUUCCCUACAGUAAAUACAAGAAAGCUUUGAUGCAUUUUGUUAUGCUGUUUUUUUAAAAUAUGAAUUUAAGCUUUUUGUAUUUAAGUUGUUUUGUAAAAUGUGUUUUGCCAUUGAACUAUUGAAUGUUAUCAUAAGGAAAUUAUGAAGUUGCCUUUAAAAUGAGAAAUGCUGUCAGAGAAAUUAUGAACUGUCCUUUUCACCAAGAUGUUUUAUGUGGGGGAUGUUUUUGUGGAUGUGUUGAAAAAUGGCAAGAUACAUGAAACAGCUGCCUUCUUUCAACUUGGCUGAAUGCUACCUGUUUUGUAAAUAUUUGUCUAAAGUAACUGUUUUGCACUGUUUUCUUCAUCCUGGAAACUUGACAUUUUGAUAAAAUAGAAUCUAAUUUAAUAAAAUUCUACUUUUUCAACA